UGCUCUGCAGUCGCUCAGCAGUGUCGAACAAAGCUAAGUGGGAAGCGGUGUUCUGUUUCUUGCUCUUUGUUGUUGGGAUUCAGUCCAUUUUUGGAGAGUCUCCGCGGCAGCCGUCACCAUGUCGGUCCCAAGCACACUCAUGAAGCAGCCGCCCAUUCAGUCUACGGCUGGGGCCGUCCCAGUUCGCAAUGAGAAAGGUGAGAUUUCAAUGGAAAAAGUGAAGGUAAAACGUUAUGUGUCCGGAAAAAGACCAGAUUAUGCCCCUAUGGAGUCCUCAGAUGAAGAGGAUGAAGAAUUUCAGUUCAUUAAGAAAGCUAAGGAACAAGAAGCAGAGCCUGAGGAACAGGAGGAGGACUCAUCUAGUGACCCCCGACUUCGGCGUUUACAGAACCGCAUUAGUGAAGAUGUGGAAGAGAGAUUGGCUCGACACAGAAAAAUAGUGGAACCUGAAGUAGUAGGAGAAAGUGACUCAGAAGUAGGAGAUGCUUGGCGUAUGGAACGAGAAGAUAGUAGUGAGGAAGAAGAGGAAGAAAUUGACGAUGAAGAAAUAGAGCGGCGCCGUGGCAUGAUGCGGCAGCGAGCACAGGAGAGGAAAAAUGAAGAGAUGGAAGUCAUGGAGGUGGAAGAUGAAGGACGCUCUGGGGAGGAGUCAGAGUCAGAGUCUGAGUAUGAGGAGUACACAGACAGUGAAGAUGAAAUGGAGCCUCGACUUAAGCCUGUCUUCAUUCGAAAGAAGGAUCGGGUGACAGUUCAAGAACGAGAAGCUGAAGCAUUGAAGCAGAAGGAACUGGAACAGGAAGCAAAACGCAUGGCUGAGGAGCGGCGCAAGUACACCCUCAAGAUUGUAGAAGAAGAGACCAAGAAAGAGCUAGAGGAGAACAAGCGGUCCCUUGCCGCCCUGGAUGCACUCAAUACCGAUGAUGAAAAUGACGAGGAGGAGUAUGAAGCGUGGAAGGUCCGAGAGCUCAAAAGAAUCAAGCGAGACCGAGAAGACCGAGAAGCGCUUGAAAAGGAGAAAGCAGAAAUUGAACGCAUGAGAAACCUGACUGAGGAAGAGAGGCGGGCUGAACUUCGGGCAAAUGGCAAAGUCAUUACCAACAAAGCUGUGAAAGGCAAAUACAAGUUUUUACAAAAGUAUUAUCAUCGAGGUGCCUUCUUCAUGGAUGAGGAUGAAGAAGUCUACAAGAGAGAUUUUAGCGCACCCACUCUUGAGGACCAUUUCAACAAAACUAUUCUUCCAAAAGUCAUGCAGGUCAAGAAUUUUGGACGGUCCGGUCGCACCAAGUACACCCACCUUGUGGAUCAAGAUACCACUUCCUUUGACUCUGCAUGGGGCCAAGAGAGUGCACAGAACACAAAAUUCUUUAAACAAAAGGCAGCAGGGGUACGAGAUGUAUUUGAACGACCAUCUGCUAAGAAGAGGAAAACCACCUAGGC